AUGGCCUCCAUCAUUGGUCCGCAGAUCAAAAUGUCUUCUAGCGCAUUAUCAUCGAUACUUAAUAAACACAAUUUAACUGGCGAGAAUUUUACCGAUUGGAAAAGGAACCUAAAGAUCAUCCUAACCUUUGAGAAACUAAAUUUCGUACUAAAUACACCUUGUCCUCCGGAGCCACCUGUUGAUGCUCCUAAUGAGGUUUUCGUAGCGUAUCAACGCUGGAAGGACUCUGACGAUAUGGCGAGCAUGUCCACUGUGCUACAAGCACAACAUGAAGAUUACAUAACUGCUCAUCAGAUUAUGGAUAAUCUUGAGGACAUGUUCGGUGGCCAAGCUGCUGAAAAAUAUCGGGAAGCCCUAAGUAACCUCAUUAACUGUAGAUAG